CGCGCGUCUGUCUGUACGAGGGCCGAGCCCUUCCGCCGGGGCCGCUUGGAAGUUCUCAAAUCCUGGCUCUCUGCCCAGGUCGGCGGGAGACCGAGAGUCCGGCCUGGGGCGCGCCGGCGUGGGACCGAAUGGCUUUUCGGGCAGGUCCACGAGAUCCAGUCUCACAUGGGACGCCUGGAGACAGCAGACAAGCAGUCUCUGCACUUAGUAGAAAAUGAAAUACAAGCAAGCAUAGACCAGGUAUUCAGCCGUCUAGAACGCCUGGAGAUUUUGUCCAGCAAGGAGCCUCCUAAUAAAAGGCAGAAUGCCAAACUGAGAGUAGACCAGUUAAAGUAUGAUGCCCAGCACCUGCAGACUGCUCUUAGAAACUUCCAACAUCGGCGCUAUGCCAAGGAGCAGCAGGAGAGACAGCGAGAGGAGCUUCUGUCUCGUACCUUCACCACUAAUGACUCCGACACCACCAUACCAAUGGAUGAAUCACUGCAGUUUAACUCCUCCCUGCACAACAUUCACCACAGCAUGGAUGACCUUAUUGGAGGCGGGCACAGUAUUCUGGAGGGACUGAGGGCCCAGAGGCUGACUUUGAAGGGGACUCAAAAGAAGAUCCUUGACAUUGCCAACAUGCUGGGCUUGUCCAACACAGUGAUGCGCCUCAUUGAAAAGCGGGCUUUCCAGGACAAGUACUUCAUGAUCGGCGGGAUGCUCCUCACAUGUGUGGUCAUGUUCCUUGUGGUGCAGUACCUGACAUGAGCCAGCCGUGCCUGGUUGCUGGACAACAUUCCCACUGAAUGAGAGUGUGUGAGUGUAUGCGUGCAUGAGAGAGAAGAGGGCUGUGCAGAGGCCGCCUUUUGAAAGGUAUGCCCGCCUUAACUGUGAAGACCACUCAGGACUGUCAUUGUGAUCCAGUUUUAAACCUGUUUUCUGUUACAUCUUCGAAGGAAAGCUAGUGCCACCAAGAUACAUAGUCCUUAGGAAAUGAAAAAUGUCUCUGUUUUCUUUUUCACUCUUGCUGGCGAAGGAAGGGAUGGCUUUAGUGGCCGUGUCAACAUUCUGGAAGGUUGCUACAGUGAGCCUUGUGUGUGGGACUAUCCACACUGUUCAUGCACUGUCAUCAUCUGGCCUUGGUGGCUUCUAGUGGAUAACCAGGAGUACAAGGACGGGGAGAGGAGAGAAGCCUUCCUCCCUUGUACCCAUUAUAGGUUGAUUCAUAUGCUCUUGCUUCUUGCCGCCCUCUCCACCCCACCUCCCCAAAACGACAUGUAGAUGACUAACUGCUGACACUCGUCAUCCUUCCCUGGAAGCAGCUACCCAGGGGAAACAGAAGCAGGGACGCUAUUGCUGAUAACGUGUAAGCUUUUCCAUACUACAAUUGCUGGGUGUUUGUCCUUCCUGAAGUGAGGCCAGAGUAGUUCCCUGGGAGUGUUCAGUCUGACGACUAAAGGCCUGAGUUACCUAUUUUCUUUCCCAGUUGUUAGUAAAAUGGUUGAUUCUUAGGUUUAGAUGCAUCUGUGGCACCUAUGCGCAGGCCUUGGUGGACCUUUGUCCCUUAGAGUGUAGCCAUGAGCAAAAGUUAGCAAUUUGUCAGUUACAAUUUCAUCUCUAAUUUUAACAGCUCUAAUUCUUGUCUUUCUUCUCUCAUUUGAAAUAUAUUAGCAACUGCCAGCCAAGCUCCUAGUCUGCCCAGCCAGAUUAGGGCACCCUGCAGAUGUUCUAGGUGGUGUGUAUGUCCUUGUGAGAAGGUUUUUAGGGACCAAGAUCUUGUUUAUUUUCUGCUCAGCCCUGGGUCAAGGCUGUACCAAUCAAUACCCUAUGUAUUGUGGAGUUUGCUACAAAGUGAGUCAGUCUUGAAGUCCAUUGAAUGUGAUUAAUCAAUGAAAGUACUAGCAAGACCUGGUUAUUUGUUCAGCUGUCAAGGGCCCUGCCUCCCUACUAACCCUAGCCGUGGUAGACUCAGGACAAAACAAAGUAACACUCAAAGUUCCCCAGAAGGACUGAAAACCUGUCAGUAUUAACCUUACCUUUGGUUGUCUUUCUCCAUUUACUUCCUAUGUUUUAUUCCUUUUUGUUUGAACUUUCUUCCUCUUUACUGUAUGUAUUCCAGUCUACCUCCCUCUCUGUACCAAUAUUUGUCUCUUCAGGCACAUCUGUGGCAUAGUUCCUUCCCCCUUUGGUGAAUUUUUUUUUCUUUGUAACAGGUUUUUUAAAUGAGUCUUACACUUCUGCUCAGAUAGGAUAUCUGUUGCUCCUAUUCUGGUCCAAACAAGAACCCUAGAUUUCCAAGAAGGAAGACUGGCCUUUUUAAAAAAUGAUCAACAACGCUACUGAAUGAAAAACAGUGGUCUAGUGUGAGGGAUUGCAACACCUUCACAACUAGAUCUGACUUUGAGAGGACACCACUUGAAAUUUUCAUUUCACCUAAUGGAGGUCAUGGAAGGCUGAAAAAUGGAUUUUUAGACUGCACAGAAUUGGCUGUCCUGUUCCCUGGCAACUUGAGAAUCCUGUCACACAAUGCUUUGGAGGAAAGUGUACCAGUCAUAGCUGAGACAUUGGACUUGAACUCUGGGAGUAGAAUCCUCUCCAACCACCUGCCCUUUGGCUCAUAGUACACCUUUUGG